GCUCUAAGACACUGGUGCGUCAGGCAGCUGGAAGGACAGCCCGGAAGGGUCCUAAAGCCAUUAACCCGCACAUGCGCAAAGAAAAAUCCCUCUUUCUCGGUGGACGCAAUGGCGGACGCAGAAAAAAAAGUGGCGGCGGUCCCUGAGAGCCUUUUGAAAAGGCGAAAGGCCUUCGCCAACAUGAAGGCCAUGCGUGUCAAGAAGCUGCUGGCUGACAAAAAGGCCCGCAAAGUGACCAGGAAACUGAUCUACAAGAGGGCUGAGAAGUACCACACUGAGUACAAGCAGAUGUACAGGCGUGAAAUCCGCCUGUCCCGUACCGCUCGCAAGGUGGGAAACUACUAUGUGCCCGCCGAGCCCAAACUGGCCUACGUCAUCAGGAUCAGAGGUAUCAAUGGUGUCAGCCCCAAGGUCCGCAAAGUUCUGCAGCUGCUCCGUCUGCGCCAGAUCUUCAAUGGAGUGUUCGUCAAGCUGAACAAGGCUUCCAUCAACAUGCUGAGGAUUGCUGAGCCUUACAUUGCUUGGGGAUACCCCAACCUGAAGUCAGUGCGUGAGCUCAUCUACAAACGUGGUCAUGGAAGGAUGAGGAAACAGCGCAUCGCCCUCACAGACAACGCUCUGGUGGAGAAGGCUCUCGGCAAAUAUGGCAUCAUCUGUGUUGAGGACCUCAUCCAUGAGAUUUACACAGUUGGAAAGAACUUCAAGCCCGCCAACAACUUCCUGUGGCCCUUCAAGCUGUCGUCUCCACGUGGUGGUAUGAACAAGAAGACCAAACACUUUGUGGAGGGAGGAGACGCUGGCAACAGGGAGGAUCAGAUCAACAGAAUGAUCAGGAGGAUGAACUAAAGUUAUGGCUUCAAAGGACUCAUUGUACAAUAAAAUGUGGAGGAAAAAAAACGUUGUCAUUGUUUGAUUGUCCAUCAAUGUGACAUUUCUAGCAUAUCUUUAUUUGGUAUCUAUUUUCCACCUCAACUUAUUUUGGUGUUUAGCAGCAGUAAGUAAAAGAUUGACACCUAAAAUGGAAAUACGUGACACUAUAUAAAUCAUUAGCAUUGCAUUUUAAUAAGGAUAAAUUAAAUUUACUGUAUAAUAUAUUAAUUCAGGUAGGGUGGACAUCUUGGGCUAAUUUAGUUUCAUAUCGCAUAAAAUACCAUAAUACCCUGUCAUCUCUUAAAGAACUAGUUUCAUGUUCAGAAUCUGAAAACCUUUAUUGAUCCCAGGGAGACAUUUGGUUUUGUGUAGAUGAAACAAUUUGUUAUAUCCAACUAAAUCUCUGAUCUUAGAAUUAAACCGAAUCGAUGCCCCAGUGAAGUGACAAGCCAAAUGAAACACUAGCUAACCUACAUAAAGCAUGUCGGUGUUUUUCACUGAUUUAAAAUAACUGUCGAUCAUA